CUCUGGGAGCGGUAAAGUGGGCGGAGCUACUGCGUUGGUCAUCAGACACUUCCUGCUCAGGAGGAAGCUUCAGUUAGGUUGUUUAUCUUGGCUAGCUUUACUGCUACCUUCCUCCUUUUAUAAAAGGUUUCAGAUUCUGCUGAAGUCUUGAAGAGGUCCUAUGGUUUAUUACUUGAGCUCAACAUGUACUUCUACUGCUGUUCUGGCCAGAAAUUAAAGUUUUAAUUAAGCCAUAUUUAGGAGGAAGGACUUGAACCAGGAUUGUCAUUCGAGGUCAUUUGGUGGAACCCUGUAUCUCCUUGAAGGCUGCAGGUCCAUUAAGCGUACAUUUAUUUAAGUUAUGGCGGACGGGAGGAUCUAUGUGGGGAACCUUCCCAUGGAUGUGCAGGAGAGGGACAUUGAGGAUCUCUUCUUCAAAUAUGGCAAAAUUCGGGAUAUCGAGCUGAAGAACAACCGCGGCACCAUCCCUUUUGCCUUUGUUCGUUUUGAGGAUCCACGGGACGCAGAGGACGCAGUCUAUGGAAGGAAUGGAUAUGGAUUUGGAGACUGUAAGCUGCGUGUGGAAUAUCCUCGCUCCUCAGGAUCCAAAUUUGGCGGAUCAGGCAGUGGACCACGGGGAAGGUUUGGACCUCCGUCACGUAGAUCUGAGUUCCGGGUUAUAGUUACGGGCCUUCCUCCCACUGGGAGUUGGCAAGACCUUAAAGACCACAUGCGAGAGGCAGGAGAUGUAUGCUUUGCUGAUGUGCAGCGUGACGGUGAGGGUGUGGUGGAAUUCCUUCGACGGGAAGACAUGGAGUAUGCCCUGCGUCGACUGGACGGCACGGAGUUCAGAUCCCACCAGGGUGAGACAGCCUACAUCAGAGUUUUGGAGGAGCGCGGCACAAGCUGGGGUCGUUCCCGUUCACGCUCCAGGUCUCGUGGGCGGUACACGCCUCCGUACCAGAGCCGAGCUUCUCCUCCUCGCUACCGCUCUCCUCCACGCCAUAUGGCUCGUCUCAGUCCUCCAUCACGAAGACCACCGCCUCAGCACCACAGCCCACCACCACGUCACUAUCGGUAAAUGGCCAAACAAGUUCAAACCGGUCUAAACCCCAGACCUCCCUCGUGUCCUACCUUUUAAUUUUUUUUUUUAUUUUAUUUUUUUUUUGUAAUUUACAUUCCAAAAUUAAGACCACCCCCGAAAGCCUUAGUCUCUGUUCAUGAGUGUCAAAAUGGUCUUGAAAGAUAGACGUUUCUCUUCUGGUCAAUAAUAACUGGAUAAUUCAUAACUGCCAUGAAGAGAGCUUUUAUCUUUUUAUUUAGGGCAGACGUCAUGUUUAAACGCAUUUGUCCAGCUUUGUUGUUACCGUGGCAAACAGCUUUUCUCACAGAAGUUGAGCUAAUCUGUUAAAUUCUUCUGAAUCCUUUCUUUUAAAUAAAAUGAAAACAAGGCUUA